AUGGAGGAAGAUUUGCGAAUUCCGAUUAUUUUGGGUAGACCAUUCCUUCAUACUGCAGGGGCAAUAAUAGAUGUGAAAAGUGGUAAACUUACACUAUCGAUAGGGGAUGAUAAUAUUACUUUUAAUCUGAAUAAUGUCCCUAAAAGUCCCAUGUUAGAGGAAAAGUGCUUUAGUAUUGGUGUGGUCGAUGGGGAUGAUUGUUGUAGCUGGCAUGGUGUCACCUGCCACAAUGCUACCCGUCGCGUGCUUCGUCUUGAUCUACGUUGUGACGAUGAAAGUGCGUAUGAUACACCAGAGUAUCUAUUAUAUUCCUAUUAUGUUUACCGUAGUUCCACUUGUAGUCUAGGUUUCUCUGAGUUGAAUCCUAGCUUGCUUGAACUGAGGCAACUGAGGUACUUAGAUUUGAGCGGGAAUGAUUUCGAUGUUAGUAAUAUCCCACAGUGGAUAGGGUCAAUGAAACAUUUGAGGUAUCUCAACCUCUCUAGCGGAGGGUUUGGCGGUGGUGGCCCUCCACAGCUUGGCAACCUCACUAGAUUACGAGCUCUAGAUCUUUCUGAUAAUUUUAAUUCUUACUCGACCAAUCUCCACUGGUUAUCUUCUCUUGUGAAUUUGCGGUGUUUGGGCAUGUGCGAUACCAAUAUCACCACGAAAGCUCUAAAUACAAUACCGCAAGUACUUGGCCACCUUCCUCUGUUAUACUUGCGGCUAUCGUUGAUGGGAAUUGAUAAUCAACUUUUGUCAAGUAUUUUCUCCAAUUCAACUAUGGCAUCUAGAAUACAACAUCUUGAUGUUUCAGGGAACAACCUGGAAGGCUCAAUCCCUCAUAUUUUGUCCAAUAUGACCUCCCUUAAAUUCCUUGACCUCUCCUAUAGCCAGUUGAAUGGCUCCAUCCCACUUUGGCUUGGUAACAUGAAAGACCUUGAAUAUCUUGACCUUAGCGGGAAUAGAUUUAGUCAUGUUGAGGGAGGGACAAUCAUGGGCAUCUUGGGGAAUCUAUGCCAUCUUAAAACACUCAACUUGCGAAGUUCUAUCGUAGGAGGUAAUUUCUUAGGCCUUAAUCAUGAUAAUUUCGCUAAUUGCGUUGAAUAUGAUCUUGAGCAUUUGGAUUUGACCUUCAAUAAUAUCACAAAUACCUUACCAAAAUGGUUAGGAGAGUUGAGAAAUUUGAAGUUCAUUGAACUUUCAAAUGGUAAUACAUUUUAUGGUCUAAUUCCUCCAGCUAUUGGAAACAUGUCAUCACUGAUUGAGUUAAAUCUAAAUAGUUGUAAUUUACGGGGAACCAUUCCUACCUCUCUUGGAGGAUUAUCAUCCUUGGAAUCCUUAGAUUUAAGCAAUAAUUUUUUAGAGGGAUCCAUUCCUACUUCUCUAGGGUCAUUGUCAUCCUUACAAAUAUUAGAUUUAAGCAAUAAUUUUUUAGAUGGAUUCAUUCCCACUUCUCUAGGGUCCUUUUCGUCCUUGCAAAAUGAGCUCAGGGUGUUAGACCUUUCCAAUAAUAGGCUAUUUGUAGAAAUAAUUGAUUGGAUUCCAAAUGUUAAUUUGCGAGAGAUAAAUCUCUCCAAUAAUCACAUUAUGGGACCGAUCCCACAUUUUUUUCCAUCUUCACAACUAAGAUACAUAGACCUCUCAUAUAACUUUCUUUCAGGGCCUAUGUUUAAUGAUUCAUCCUCUAAGAUUGGAGUAGUCAAAGCUCCAUUGUGCCAUUUAGAGAAUUUACAACUCCUACAUCUUCAACGGAACCAACUUUCUGGUACAAUCCCUGAUUGUUGGGGCACCUCAGAAGGCUUGAGUGUUAUUGACCUGUCCUCUAACAAACUCUCUGGAAGUAUCCCCAUGACUAUUGGGCUACUUCCGGAAAUGGCAUAUCUUAAACUGAACAACAACUCAUUAGAAGGCACUCUACCUCCAACACUAAAUGAACUUUUGGGGUUGGUGAUUUUGGAUAUAGGUGAAAACAAACUAUCUGGGGAGGUUCCACAUUGGGAUGCAGAUAGUCAUCCUUUUUUGGAAAUUGUCAUCAUGCGAGCGAAUCAACUUGAAGGUGUUAUUCCAUCACAAUUGUGUUCACUCCCUCGCUUGCAAUUUCUUGACCUUGCAAUGAACAAUUUGACAGGAAGCAUCCCUAGUUGUUUUGGCCAUUUUAAGAGUAUGAAGAAGUCACUGCAACUCAAAGCACCUUCUACUUACGAAAUGGCUCUAGGACCAGCAACAACACCAGCAGAGCCACCAGAGAGUUUCAAAGGAGAAAAUGCAAUGGUGGUCUUGAAAGGGGAAGAACGACAAUACACCACGACGUUGAAGCUUGUAGUGAACCUAGAUCUCUCAAGCAAUGGCUUAGUGGGUCAAUACCCGAGGAGCUUACAAAUCUAUCUAAACUCGUUGGUUUGAACUUAUCCAACAAUCAUUUUACAGGAAUUAUUCCUCUCAACAUUGGUGAAAUGGGAUCACUUGAAUCACUUGACUUGUCUAAAAAUAAUCUCUCUGGAACAAUCCCAUCUAGCUUAU